CGAUUGUUGUCCACGAUUGGCACGUAAUAGGUAUUCGUUUCUUGUUCACUCAUUUCAUUUGCCUCUGUAUCGGUUAGCUGAUGAUCGCUGCAUUGUAACAACUUUUGUCACCUACUUAUCAUUCGGAUACGAGCCUUCGUAUCGUUCGGUUGGCAAUUUUCCACUCUGAAGUUCGACUGAUUUGGCGCGUGCCAAUUUAUAUUUAGAAUCGCGUCGAUCCGUGUGAUUCGCCACUCUCCAAGGAUGAAUCCAGCAGUGCCAGCUCGGAUCGUGUUCUUGUUUUGUCUGGUGGUUUUUAGUGCGCAGUCUUCGGAUGGUGCCAACAUUUUUCCAUCGGACAAACUAUCGAUCACAGAAGGGGCCGGUUUCUUGGCUUACCUCGUGCCGACGGAACUAAGCGAGGCAAACAGAUGGAUCCAUUGCUCGGUGAGGGUGGCCGGUGUCAAUUACAGUCUGGACAGUGAUCAAAUCCACACACUCGAUGGGGUGACUGAAGUCCAACGGUUUAGUGCUGAAAUAUGCGGAAUUCGCGUUCAGAAUGUGCGCAAAAGUCUGGAAACCACUUGGUCUUUGUUGGCAUUGGAUAGUAACUCGAGUCCAAUCGAGCAAUCAUUAUCAUUAACAGUGAUAAAUUCGAAGCCGAUUAGUUCGAUUAACGUUACAGUCAGCGAUACGACUUCGACGUUCACUCUCACUUGUCCAGAUGAACCUCCGAGCUCGAGACGAUUCUGUCGCAUUCUGGAUGAACAAAAUCAUAUAUUCGAUGGAUGCUCGAAGUCGUUUGACAUCACUUGGGAGGAGGCGCGGUUUCGUUGCCUUUCGUUAUAUUGGGGUGAUAUGGAGGAAAUUGAAAUCAUAAUUAAUGUGAAGGUGCAGAAAAGCCAACGUGAUGUUUCCUGGUUCGUUGAGGAGGAUGAGUCACACGUCGUGUUGAGUUGCCACUAUCGGACGGCAGUGAGUCCCUGCCGAGCAGUAUCCGUAUCGGAUAGCAGACAGAUGAUGCUGCUCGAUGGCCAUCUAGGCGAUCGGUACUCGGCCUAUGACACCAAAAUUUCAGGCGGAAUUUGCUCGUUGGAAAUACGCAAGCCCUUAACAAGCGCGGACCGUGGAUUAUGGAGGAUUUUUAUGCCCCUGAACGUCGACGAUUAUACAGGAUGCGUUUUCAAUCUUGCACCUGAACAGCCGCUUGACGAUGACAGCGAACAUUUUCCAGAAAUCAGAAUUAAAACCAAAUUGAUCGAAGUUUUCCAUGAUAAGCAGAGACCAACCACUACGACUACAGAACUUAACUGUGAAGCCCCCUACCCGAUCGACUAUUGUUACCUUACGGGACCUCAAGGUGGAGAUUUCUCUCCCACGAGGUUCGAUCGCACAAAGACUUUUGGUGUUUGCAGAUUCGUGGUGCAAAAUAUAACCACCGGUCGCUGGUCGUGUGGCUUCAACGGCCUUAAUGGUCUAGAAGAUCGUCUAUCCUACUUCGACGUAAAGGUUUACGACCAACCAGGUCGAGCCAUAGUAUCGCAAAUUAAAGCAAGCAAAGGUGACGAGAACAGGAGGAUGAUGUGUACGACGAUUUUGAAUAUGCAGGUGGAUUUGUGUCGAUUCGUUAGCCCUAUUGGAGAGGUUCAUGGCUUGUCUGAGAACAUUGUUCCUACCGAGGGUUCCCGAUUUCGUUAUCACGGUAAUGGAUUACGAACUGGCGAAUGUGGUCUCGAAAUAAGUAAACUGAUACAUGAAGAUUUUGGACAAUGGAAAUGUGCUAUUAAGGUGAAAGGACGAGAUUACACCAUACCAAUUGAUUUGAUAGAAGAAGCUAUGAGUACCGCUGCUAUCUUGGGCAUCUCGAUAAGCGUAACAAUUGUGGUCUGUUUGGUGGGAGGAUUUUUUGCCUACAAAAAGUUCAACCAAAGAAAUGUCCAGUACCGUCAUCAUGUCAGUGGCAUAUCGGAUUCGUCCAAUGGUUUAUAGAUAAUCCGGACGCUAACUUGACAUCAAAAGCAGUUCUGUAACCCAACUGUGCUAUUUAACAAACAUUUAUAGCUUUUAGAUGUUUUUUUAAAUGUUUGGCUUGAGUAUUUAUUGCUACUUUUACUUUGUUGUAUAAUACAAUAAAUAAAUAAAAGUUGCCUACGAAGAGCAAAAUAUAAUUUCUAAC